CUUAGCAGCAGAGCCUUCACCUUUAGCAAAACCAGUCCAUUAAAGCAUCAAGCUUUUCUCAGCUUCUCCUCUUAGUUUUCUUCUUCUCAUUUCAAUAUGAAGAAAGGAAUGUUCUCCUACAGCUCUUAUGAAGAUCAUUUCCAGAAUGAGCCUCACUUUCUUGAUUCCUGCUUUCUCUGCAGAAAGUCACUUGGAAACAACUCAGACAUCUUCAUGUACAGGGGAAAUACACCAUUCUGUAGCAAAGAUUGCAGACAAGAACAAAUAGAGUUUGAUGAGGCUAAAGAGAGGAACUGGAAAGUGUCCUCUUCUUCUUCCUCAUCUUCAAGCAGAUCAACUAUGAGAAAAUCAGAUGCCAACAAAGAUUCCUCCACCAGCAAAACUGUACGGACAGGCAGAGUUGCUGUGGCCUAGUGAUGAAGUUCUGAACUGAAGACGUUUUGUAAAUUAUGUUCAUAUCAUUUCUCUAUCCACGUGGCAAGAUCAUGGAGAUGAAUUGAUCGUUUGAUCUGUAAAGGGUGAGAUGGGGAGGGGGUAGUACAUAGGAGGUUUCAGGUUUGUGACCAAUUUGGGGAAGAAAUUUUGUUUGAGCUUUUGUGGAAAGGGAAAGGAAAACCAUCAUAUCUCAUUACUGUAGUGGUAGGGAUGUGUUGUAAAAUUUUGUUAAUGAUCUUUGUUUGCUUCUCAAGGAAUUUUUUUUUUUGGUUACAAAGGCACAAAG